CCCGCCGCCCACUCCGGUCUCGCUCCCGGCUGCCCCCGCUCGCUGUCCGGCUGCUUCGCACGCCCGCCUCCGCGCGAGCGCGAGCUCGACCGCGCCGUUCCCCUACUGCGCGCAGCAGUACUCCCUGCCGGCCUCCCCCCUGCGGCCUCCACCCAGCCGCCGGGUCGCUGCCGCCCCGCCGCCGGUCUCGCUGACUCGUGCAGGCACAACGCAGGGGCUGCUGGCCGCUGCCUACUACUCCGCUUUGGGCAGGGUAAGCCCGCACCCCACAGGGCCACAGAAGAUCAACCUCGGUUGAGCAAAUAGGAAUUUGUGCCUGUGAUUCUGUGGUGCGGGUGCAAUUCCAGAGCCUUCUGGGUCCAGCUGAACUCCCUAUGCCCCACGUUUAGUCUUUUCCUGCAUGGACCGGUGCAGGAUCUGGUGGCCGCGCCAGCAACAUCAGUCUGAAUUGGAGUCCGUCUCUACCAGAUAUCUCCUGUUCGGAUGGCUCUUCCCCCAUGCGGGAUCAGUCGACAUUGUUGUCGCGGCGUUCGUCUCCGAGGGAGAGAUCUUGCGGUCUUUCCCCAACCUCGACACCUUCCAGACUGCUAUCUUUUCCUCAAAUAAAAGGAUGCCAACAGUGCUACAAGAAUCUGCAGCAUUUACCAUCCUUGGGGAUUGUGUUGUACAUCUUCCAAGAGAUUUUGAAGGCUGCUGUGUUAAGCAAAAAUAUCAGCCGUUGCGGGCUCAAGUUGUUCAGACACAGCAUUCUGACACAAAGCAAGACUGUUCUAUUGCAUUUAAUGGACCAUUGGGAAUUGAAGAUCAAGACCAAAGUGAGAGUAAUGGAGAAUGGGAAUGUGAUUGUAGUGUAUUAGACGGUUUUCUGGAUACUUACAAGAAGUCAGUAGUGAAAGGUGGUGACUGGGUGCACUUCUGCUGUAAGCUUGACAAGAGCUUGAAAUGCAAUCUGAAUCAAAUUCCAGUGCUUCACCAUUUGCAUCUUGAUGACCAGAAGGCUGAAAUUAAUCAUUGCCACGUCAUACUUUAUGAUAUUCCUGUUGCUGGUAGAAACCAUUUCUCGCUGGGUGAGGAUGCACCUUAUAGGAUGAAGUCUCCCUUCAAAAAGCCAAAUUGGAUAAAUAAUCUGCAAAAGAGAAGGCCAUUUCUUGAUUUGGAUCCGAUUGUGUUGGCGCUUAAUUGUUCAAAUUCAGCUAGAUUGUCAGUUGCUUGGAAAACUACUAAUAACAGUUCUGCGGCUCAUUUCUUGUUUGCAACUGUGUUUGAUGCCUUAGUUCAAGUGGUACAACAUUUGACAGGAAUAAUUUUAGCUUCAGUAUCGACUAUUAUCUACAUCUUCAUUCAACUGUUCCGAAAAUGUUUGAGCCAUGUCUCUGAGCACUUUAUAUUACAAAAGGUUUUCAGACACUCAUGGAAAAACAUGCAUCUCCGUUGUUCCCAAAUUCUCUAUUGGCCGAUUUUCCUCCAAGAUACUUCCCUAAGCUCCUCUGUUAAUGUCGAAUAUGCACACAGAGCUGCAAUCCAGAAGCAUGCUUUAUGGUCAAAUAUUAUCAUGGAUCUUCUGAUGGGUUUCAUCCUUGGAGCAGCACUAUUGUUGAACAUGGAGACUAUUUGCUCUUGGAUUUUUGCUCUUCUUCACUACAUGACAGAUGCUGUCUUGAGAUCUGGUUGUGUGUGGCUGAUGGGUGUUCCAGCAGGCUUUAAGCUGAAUACUGAGUUAGCAGAGCUUCUAGGCAUGAUUUCUCUGAAUGCAAUCCAAAUAUAUUCUACCCUUUGGUUCAUGGUGGGAGGCUUCCUUAGGCAUAUAAUUCAAGGCCUUGCAUUUUCUGGAAUUCUUUUAGGCUUCACGGUUCCUGUUUCAAUCUUCAUUGACAUUAUCCAGCUUGCGACGUUGCAUGUUACCAUGCUUCAGUGGUUAAUCUCCUUAAUAUAUUCAAGGCAGAUUCAGACAGUGACAUCAUUGUGGCGUCUUUUCAGAGGGCGCAAGUGGAAUCCUCUUAGGCAGAGAUUAGAUAGCUAUGACUACACGGUUGAACAACAUGUGGUUGGUUCACUGUUGUUUACACCAGUCUUGCUUCUUCUACCCACAGCUUCUAUAUUCUACAUAUUUUUCUCUAUCUUGAGCAGCACAAUCAUCUGUUUGUGUAUAGUGUUGGAAACUGCAAUUUGUAUAAUCCACUCCACUCCUUACGCUGCGGUAAUUCUAUGGGUGACGAGGAGGCAAAGGUUUCCUGCUGGAUUAAUGUUCCUUCCUAUGUCAUCGUCAUCUGUAUCUACUGAUGAUGAUGCUCUAUCAGUUGAAUAUCAUUCAACCAGUUUAUCUGGCGAAAGGAAAACAGAUGAACCCAUCCAUGUACAUUCAGUACCACUAGUUUCAGAACUUAACUGUAACUAUAACACCCUCGGACAAGUAAUCGGGCCACAUUACCAGAAAGUUUUCAACGGGAUUGCUCUCCCCUUCUGCAAACAACUGGCACAUGGAAUCCUUAGGGGCACAAGGUUGCUACUUAUCUUGUUGUUUAGGUUUAUUCCUUAUUAUGGCAUUCGUGACACUAUCUUCUUUGUUAUGCCAGGAUACCUACAACGCUGCAUCUGCCGUCGUCUCCACUGCCCUGGAUGCAUAUUGGCAUUAGAGAAUACUGGAUGCUUUGCCGUCGCGCAACCAAGUGGGGAAGGAAUUAAAAGUUUUCCGCUUAUGAUUAACUAUUAGUCGCUCAGAGAAUUUUGCUUAGUUGCCACCGUUUUGCAGUGGAUGUUUCGCUUUAGUUGCCUUAACACAGUAACAAAUGUUGGUAGUUGCCAAGAUGUUGCGUUGUGGACUGCUUUGUAGCACUGAUACCAUUUGUAGUUGAGGAAUCGACACGUAGGAAAUUAAUGUGUUUGUUACAAGCAUACAAGUUCUUCACGUGAGCGUAAAUGCCUUGCAACCAACAUAC